GAGGAGGGGUGGGGACAGGAUAACGCACUUGGAGGCGGAGAAGGAGGAGGAAGAAAAAAGAGAUCACUGACUUCCACCUGGGCCUAGAGCGGCUCUUAAAGUAGUGGGGAGAGGAGGGCGGUUGGCGACCACCUUCAAUACAGGCCGCCGGCGGUAUCAUGGCGACCCGGAACCCCCCUCCCCAAGAAUAUGAAAGUGAUGAUGACUCUUACGAAGUGUUGGAUUUAACUGAGUAUGCAAGAAGACACCACUGGUGGAAUCGUGUUUUUGGCCACAGUUCUGGACCUAUGGUAGAAAAAUACUCAGUAGCCACCCAGAUUGUAAUGGGUGGAGUGACUGGCUGGUGUGCAGGAUUUUUGUUUCAGAAAGUUGGAAAACUUGCAGCAACUGCAGUAGGUGGUGGCUUUCUUCUCCUUCAGAUUGCUAGUCACAGUGGCUAUGUGCAGAUUGACUGGAAGAAAGUUGAAAAAGGUGUAAACAAAGCAAAAAGACAGAUUAAGAAACGAGCAAAUAAGGCAGCACCUGAAAUCAACAACAUAAUUGAAGAGGCAACAGAAUUUGUCAAACAGAACAUUGUGAUAUCCAGCGGAUUUGUGGGAGGCUUUUUGCUAGGCCUUGCAUCUUAAGGAUAUGAGUGUUCUACCACAGCAGAGUCACCUGUGAGAAAAGCAGUGGUGGUGACAAGGCGGUCUCUCAACAUUACAUGCCACCAGGCUGUCCAAGGCAACAAGAAACAACUAGCUAAACAAUAUGAAAUUCACAACUUAGCAUAUUGUCAUCUGAAGGUUGGCAAAUUAGUAUCUGCUAUAAAACAACCUACAUGGUAUAAUAUGUACAGUAGUAUUCCUGAGCAGAACAUGGCUUCCAUUUAUUUAAAUCAGAUGUUCUUCAUUGUGCUUUAUAAUAUAGAGCCAAUAAAUAAAACUUUGUAUUAUAGCUGCAACAUUAGGGCUGACUUAUUUUUUAAAGAUAUGUUGGCAAUAAACUGAAGAACGGUAAUGCUCUUUUGUAGAAGGAUUUAAAAAUAGUACAAUUAUUAAAGAUGUUAAACAGAUUUAAUACCAAUUUUUAGGUUGUUUUUUCCCCUGCAUUUCUUACUUUGCUUAUACAAUAACUGUAGUAAACAAUUUCAGGGUAGGGUGUUCCAAGGAAAUAUUACAUGUUUAAAGCUUUUUUUCUUUCUUUGAUAUCUGUAGUUGUAAAAAUAUAUCUUGUUUGUGAGCUUACUAUUUUUUAUUUAUUUAUCCUGGCAGCCUGGCAGAAAUAAUUAUUUUGAGGGUAUAUAUAUUUGGUUCACGGCUUUAUUUUAUUAACUGAGUGAAUCUCCUUUUUCAGUUCUAAAAGUUCUAAUUAUUAUUUUGGCCUCUUCACAAAGUGGUAAAAAUUACCUUAAAAUCUUAGUACAGUAUGAAUUUACUGUGAAGAACCAUGAUUUUCUAUAUAAUUAGAAAUUAUAACUUAAAGAGGAUUGUCUCCUUGAUCUAGGCUGAGAUAUAAGUAUUAAGGCUUUCAAACUUUCGGUAGCAUCGUUUUGGUUGAACACUAGACCAUUUGACUUGAUUCUCAGGGCUGACAUCACACUCCCUCUGAGGCUCUUUUGCCCAGAAGAGCUUUCUGUAUUGUUUUGUCCAUAGAGUUCUAGAUUGGAAUUGGGGAAAACAUCAAAACAACACAUGUUAGAGUCUUUGGAUCGGAAAGACUGCAGAUAUUUAGACUAUUUCCUUUUGGUAGCAAGUCCUCCACAGUAUAUUUUGUGUAUUGUAAAAAUAAUGCAUUCGAUACUUUUGAGAUUGAGUACAAUCUGUGUGCUUUCAUUAUCACAAGAUUCUUUGAAAUUGAAUGUGAGAUUGAUCUUCAUGUUCUUUCUUUACUCUCAUUAGUGCCUCAGAUACAAUGCUAAAUAAAACUCAGACUUUCUUAAUGUGAA